AUGAAGCUCAGCGAAGACGAUCUAUACCGUACCUCGACACAAUUCCGCCAGUGGUCAUUCACAGCCGAGCAGCUGGCCGCUCAGCGCGCGAAAACGAACCUCCAGGCCACUGAGCGCGUCAAGCUCCAUGUUGCGCGACAACGCGCCCAGCGCGCCCAAGCACCAGAAAUCGACAGCACAAGCGGGAACUCGGGCAUCGACACCGGCGCGAACACACCGGAUGCAGUCACGUCAGACAAAGACGUAGACUGCUUCACAGUCGCAGAAGAGUUGGCCUUCUUGGAGGAGUUCUGCGAGCGCACUAUGGCGCUGGGUCAACACUGCAAGUUCAGCGACGGCGCCAUCGCGACUUGCAUACAGUUCCUGCGCCGCUUCUAUCUGUACAACUCGCCCAUGACCUAUCACGCCCAGAACAUCAGCCGGACAGCCAUGUUCCUUGCUGGGAAAUCUGAGAGCGAACACCAGAGUCUGGACAAGUUUGCGGAGGCGAUCUCUUCGGUAAAGACAAAAGUUACACCAGAGCAGAUCUUAGCACCUGAGUAUCUGAUUGUCCAAGCACUACGCUUCAACUUCGAUAUAAAGCACCCAUUCAGAGCGCUCAAAGGCGGUAUGCUCGACCUGAUGAGUGUUGUGAACGGGAGGUAUGAAGGACCAAAUCACAGCCCUCACAAGACCGCUGCGGAUCUGAGUACUGCGUUACAUCAACUACCACGUAAGGCUGGCGGUACGGCAAUGAGAGCAACUACUGGCCAACUCACCGAUCGUAUCAUGGCAGAAUCAUACUCAAAGGCGUCGCAAAUCCUAAAGAAGACCGCCCCUCUUACAGACGUGUACUUCCUAUACACACCAUCCCAAAUUUGGCUUUCAGCAUAUCUGUUAGCCGACGAGCCGCUGGUCUUGUUCUACCUCUCCAUAAAGUUGCCGUCCACAUCACCGAUCUACGACAAAGUCAUCGCUGCUCUUCGGGAAUGCGCUUCAAUACUCUCUUCGCAUCGAUCAUACCGAAAGCUGGAUGCUCUAAAAGACGAGCAAGCGAAUAUGGAUGCAGAGCACAAAUCGGAGAUUAAGAGACUCAUUAAGAAGCUCAGAACCUGUCAAGACCCCGACAAGGUAGACCUUGUCAAGCUCAACCAGGCGCAGAAGCGUGACGCGGUGCAAGGUUCAGAUCUGGAUGAGCACAAGGCUAAGCGCCGGAAGACAGACCGAGAGAACUUCCAAAAAGACUCUGAUGCUUUUUGGGGCCCGGAGCUGCCACAAAAUGGAGACAAGCCUGCGUAG